AUGGAUUCCGAUUCUGAAAUCUGGCCGAGAGGGCUGACAACGACGAAUCCCGGAAACGGUACAGCUAGGAUGAAGGGUGAGAAUUGCGCAAGCACUGCCAGCAGCACAGCUCAUUUGUCGGAUCGACAGGUGGAACGUUUGCGUUCAGUGCUCUCCGAACGAGUGGACAUUCAUGGACGAGGGAAUUUCCCCACAAUCUCCAUUCGACUCAUCGAUCUUAUCGUUUGUGUUCGUGAAAAACUCAGAGCCUACGGUGUCGGACCGAGACAAGUGAAAAUGAAUGGUGGAGCCGCGUCAUACGUUGUGGCGGCUGACGAGUUUUCCUACGCCGAUUUGGAUCUGAUCUUCCCGAUCUCUUUCGAGAGAGAACAAACUUUCGAUUUGGUUCGAACAGCCGUUUUCACAGCUCUCGUCGAGUUGAUGCCCGAAGAAACGGACAAGACAAGGAUCACAGUUGAUACCCUAAAAGAUAUCUAUAUCAGGAAAAUGGUUAAAGUUGAUGAAUCGGAUCGCUGGUCUCUUUUUUCUCUUCACAAUCAUUUCGGACGGUGUAUCGAGUUGAAAUUCGUGGACAAAAUGAGGAGACAAUUCGAAUUCUCCGUCGAUUCUUUCCAGAUUACCCUCGAUCCACUUUUGGACAAUUUUGAAUGCCCAGAAAUCAAGGUUCUGAUCGAAUCGGUUUUCGGCGAUAUCCGAAUGGCAUUGGAGCAUCUCGAUCAACGACUGAUCGACACAAGACGGCCGGAAGAGAUCCGCGGCGGAGGAUUGCUUAAAUAUUGCCAUCUGCUCACUCGCGGCUACAAGGCCGCCCGUCCGACGAAGUGCCGACAAUUGGAGAGAUAUAUGUGCUCGCGUUUCUUCAUCGAUUUCCCCGAUAUCAGCUUGCAGGAAUCAAAGCUGAGGAACUACCUCGACAACCAUUUCGGCAGCAAUUACGAUACGUUGUCGACGAGUUGCGGCGAGGACACUGACUCGGAGGCGUCGACAAGUCAAGCCAGCAGCCAUCCGUCGCUUCUCUCCGUGCAACAAUCGAAAUACGAUUUUCUCUUGCUGCUUUACCGUGUCAUCUCCGAAAGUACGGUUUGUUUGAUGAAUCACGAGCGACGGCAGACACUGUUAAUGGUUGAUCGUUUGGCCUAUCAGAUUUCGAUGAAUUUGUAUCACACGCGAAACUCACAUGAUUUGACUGGCGGACCGCAGAAACAGACACUUCUCUACUUGCCGAAAGAUUCGAGUCAAUGGAUUCCGGUGAUU